UGUUCCCUCUGGUGCCUUUUCAUCAAACACUUGCAGCAAAGUACGAAAAUGGCGAACCGCACGGUUAAAGACGCCAAGUCUAUUCGCGGAACAAAUCCGCAGUAUUUGGUGGAGAAGAUCAUCAGGUCUCGGAUAUACGAUUCCAAAUACUGGAAGGAAGAGUGUUUCGCCUUGACGGCCGAACUGCUGGUCGACAAGGCGAUGGAGUUGAGAUUUAUCGGCGGAGUAUACGGCGGUAACGUGAAGCCCACACCGUUUCUCUGCCUCAUACUGAAAAUGCUCCAAAUACAGCCCGAAAAGGACAUUAUAGUUGAAUUCAUAAAGAACGAGGAAUUCAAAUACGUUCGUGCUUUGGGUGCGCUGUACAUGAGAUUGACCGGCUCUUCCUUAGAUUGUUACAAGUACCUAGAACCGUUAUUUAAUGACAAUAGGAAGCUCAGACUACAAAACAAACAGGGCGCGUUUGAGCUCAUACAUAUGGAUGAAUUCAUAGAUAAUCUUCUCAAGGAUGAGAGAAGCUGCGACGUUAUUUUACCGAGAAUUCAAAAGAGACACGUUUUGGAGGAAAACAAUGAGCUGGAAGCAAAGAUAUCGGCGUUGGAGGACGACAUGGACGAUGGCAUCGAAUCGUCCGAGGAAGAGGAGCUUCCACCGGUUAAAGAGUUGCCGCGCAAGAGGGCAGACGAUCACGAACGAGACAGGGAUCGUCACAGGGACCGAGAUAAGAGGUAUUCCCGAUCGGAGAAGAAAUUUGAGAAGGAGAAGCAGAGAUCGAGAAGCAGAGAGAGGGAUAGAGACAGAGAUAGAAGGGAGCGCAAACGCAGCAAAUCACCAAAGUCGCAUUCCUCGUCGUACAAGGACAAGGACAGGGACAGGGAUCGUCACAGACGGGACGACAGAGAAAGAGAGAGGGAACGAGAAAGGGAGAGAGAUCGCGAUCGAAGAAGAGAACGCGACAGAGCUAGGCACUGAAGUUUCUGCAUUAUUGAAAGUGACAGGAAGAUUUUAUCUUUUCAUCAAGCUUAAAUGAGCAAGAGGUAAAUUAAUUAGUGAUCCAUCAUUCUUCUUUAUUCCUACCAUUAUACAAAUGUAUUUAACGUCGGUAUAUAUACACGACAUGCAUGGAAUUCCGUAUUAAAAUUACAGUACCACA